GAGUACUAAUACUGUAGUACUGCUACUCUCAAACCCAACAAAGCAACAACAAUAUCAUGACUCUUUGAAUUCUAUUUCUCAGUGACCUACAAUGAGCGUCAAUUCCAUGAAGCAAUCUUUCAUUUCAACCAUUAUACACUCUUUAAGGUCAUCAUUUCAGGACUCAGAGUUCAAGGAAGCUGAGAGAGAAUUAAUGGCGAGAGAGGAGAAUAUAAGGCGAGAAAAAGGUGAAGUUAUAGCCAAUUUGAGGGAUAAAUGCGGCGCAUUCGAGUCGGAACUCGGCGAAAUGAAGACUGAAAAGAUUAUGUGGGAGGAAGAGCGUCGUCGAUUAGGAAGGGAAGCUGAGGUGAAUGAUGAGAAGUUGAAGGAUUUAGCGAGGGAAUUGAGUAAUGCGAGGGAUAAUUUGGAGAAGGGUGCGAGAAGGUAUGAUGGGUUGUUGGAGAAGCUUAGGGUUUGCGAGGUUGAGAAGAAGGGGUUGGCUAAAGAAUCGGGGAAAUUGAGGGAUGAGAAUGAGGGUUUGAAGAGGAAUUUGAGGGAUAAAGAAGAUGAAAUUGAAGAGAUUGACAGGAAAAAUGGAAUUCAUUUGAAGGAAUUGGAGGAGAAGGAUUGGAGAAUUGGGUUGUUAAUGGUGGAAAAGUCGAAAUUGGGUACCCUUUUGGAGGAAGUUAAGGUGGGACGGGAUGAGAGGAUUAGGGAGAUGAGGGUGGAUAAUGAGAGGUUACAAAAGAGGAUUUUGGAGUUGGAGGAGGAGAAGGAGAAGGCGGUGUUGGAGAAGGAGAAGGCAGUGUUGGAGAAGGAGAAGGCGGUGUUUGAGGAUGAGGCGAAGGAGGUUGAGGGGUUGAGAAUGAAGAUUUCAGGGUUGGAGGAGGAGAGAGCGCGGUUGGAGAAGGAGAAAGCGCAGUUGGAGAAGCAGAAGGCGGUGUUUGAGGAUGAGGCGAAGGAGGUUGAGGGGUUAAGAAUGAGGAUUUUGGGGUUGGAGAAGGAGAAGGCGCGGUUGGAGGAUGAGGUGAAGGAGGUUGAGGGGUUACAAAUGAGGAUUUUGGGGUUGGAGGAGGAGAAGGAUAGAUUGAAUGCAAGUUGUGAAGAAAUUAGGAGGAAUGAGGCAAGGAGAAUUGAGGAAGUUAAGGAGGUUUUAGAGAGGGAGAAAUUAGAAAGCUUGAGAGAGAAAGAUGAAAUAAUCCAGGAACUAAACAAAGAGAAAGAGGAUUUAGUUAUAGAGCAGAAGAAUUUAACAGCUAAGAUGGAAAAAGCCGAAAAUUGGUUAUCAAAACUUGAGGGAGAUAUAACCAAAAUGAUGUGCUUGGAUUUGAAAAGAGAUGCUACAUUUAUAAGUAGCCAGUGUGGGAGAAUUUUAUCUGUAAUUGGAAAGGCUCUUGAUUCUGAAGGAAUUGGUCUCACUUGCAAUGCUCAGGAAGCAGAUUCAGCUUUUGUUUAUAAAAGUAAUGAACCCAAAGGCUUCUUGAAAUCUGAUGAUGCUGUCAAGAGAACUUUGGACUUUGAGGCAGAAAUUGUAAAAGAAAAUGGGGCUUCUGGAAUAAAGGAGACCACAGUGAACAGCAUUAUUAUUGUUGACAGUGACGACGAUGAUGAGUACCCUCUUCGUGUUAGUGGUGUCAAAAGGAAGUAUGUACAUCCUGAGAAUUUGAGAGAACAAUGCGAUAGUUCUAAUGAUGAUAGCCUUAACCAGAAACAUAUGAAGAAGCUUGAACGUGGGUCAUAUGGAUCAGUCAAGCCUGUAUUAUCAACUCCAUCAACUGCAGGUGAUGGGCAUAAAUUUAACGUUCAGCAAAGGCAAACACUGUCAGUUAUCAGAAAAUGUGAAGAAAAGCUCGUUAGAGACAUUGGAGAGCCAAGAUUUGAUGGGUUUGUGGAUAAUGGUGGUAAGGAAGAUGAAUACGGUAAUUCUAAUUUUGAAAACAACAAAGCUCAUAGUUCUUGUCCCCCUCAACUUGAAAAGUACAUGGCCACUUGCCGGCAGAGGAAGGAAAAUAAAAAGCUGGAGGUUGCAGCUGAUAUGGUCUGUGCUUUUGACGAAGAUCCUGACUUUUGUGCCAAGGCUGUUUGUGCAUUAUAUAGGCAGUUUAAGUCUUCGAUGAAGGGUUCAAUUUGUGCUAGCAGCAAAGGAUUUGAGAAGUGUGAUGCUGACAGGGGAAUUUCUUUGGCGAAAUUUCUUAUAGAUGGGGAUUUAAAAGGCAAGAUGAAGAGGUCUGUGGAUGAGUUACAGCAGCAUGAUCAAAGCGGUCUUGAUGAUUGUUGCAGGCUUGCCAAGAAGAAUGCCAAACAGCUGAUUGACAUCUAUAAAAAAGGCGAGGAUCCUCUUUUUUCUCCUUUGUCCACUGAUCUGAAGUAUAAGUAACCCAUGAAGAACAACGAUGUAAGUUUCUGACAUGUUUCUCUAUGACGACCCUCUCUCUUCUUGUAAGUGUUAUUCUAUCCUUGUAUAUGUAUGUAAGUAGCAACUGGGCUGUACCUAGGUAGUAAUAUAGUUUAAGCGGCUAGCAAACUUAGAUGAUAAUCUAUCUGCACAUGAUGCUAACUUUUUCAGGAUGAUUUAAUCAGGUAACACAAAAUUCACUCCCUGUGGUGUUACUACAUUCUCAUUGUAAAAGACAAUUUGCUAAUUACUAAUCAUCUGAAUCCCAAAGUUUCGUUUUUGCCUGA